AGAUUAAAGCUAUGUAUUGGAAAUAGAAUAUGGAUUAUUUUAGUGAAAUUUGUAGAAUUUGUUUAUGCGAUAAUGUACGCAUGUAUGUACUAAAGAAGACUGGUCUCGAAAAUUUGUACAGAACACUGACUAAUAGUUUUAUGGAUGAGGAUGAGGAGCCCAUAAUUGUCUGUUUCACCUGUCAUGCAAGACUCAUUCGUUGUAGAAGAUUACAACAACAAGCUGUGGAGUCAAAAGCAGUUCUGGAGCAGUUGCAUGCAGGAGGGUCCAUGUCAAUAACAAAACCGCAUGAGGCUAGAGAUAAGAUUCAAUUCACACCAAUUAGUCAUAUUGAUAUCAGACCAGUAGAGUGUGAUACUGAUAUAGAAAAUGAUUGUAAGAACCAAAAGUUUAGCCUUGAAUCUGUAAAAGUUGAGGAAGAGAAUUUCGAAAUUGAGAAUUCCACAUUUGAAGAAAAUGGGAAUCAUGAAACAGAGAGUGCUGAAAAACAAGAAGACCUGGAGAUUGAUACUUUUGAAGAUAGACAUACGGAUUCGGAGAACGACUUGCCGCUAAUUGCAUUUGGUUCAAAAAGUAAAAAAGAUGACGAUGACAUAGGUAAAUUAAUUUAUGUUAAAAAACAUGUAUCAAAAAAUAAAAAGAAAUCACAAAUUCCUCUUGCAUCAUGUAGUUGUACUACAUGUAAUACUACAUGUACUGUAGAGAUGUACUAUACAUACAAAAUGUUGUUCUUUAACUACUUAAUUACUUUAGUCACAUCUAGGUUCCGCAAUAAAAUAUCGUGCGCCCAGCGAAGCGAGCGGUUAUCAGCUAGUGUUUAAUAUAAUGGAUUUUCGCAAUGUAAGGCCUGAUUGAAACUGUCAAAGCUGAAGAUCGAUUGUGGCAGCAUCGUUUCCGGGAUACCUGAGAUUUUAAGUGAGAUUGAAAGGUUCUAUGGGCAGCUGUAAACGUCAUCGUUGGAGCCACAUGCAAGUGUGAGUAACGAUCCAAGAGCGAGUGUUAUCCGACAUUAUUCCGAUGAUAUCCCGGACGUCAGUCUGAGCGAGAUUACAAUGGCUCGCCAGCACCUUAAAAACGGCAAGUCCCCGGGCGAGUAUGGAAUUACAGCGGAGCUUCUGAAAGCGGGUGGAAAACCGGUACCGGAAGUCCUUCAGAAGCUCUUUAAUUCCGACAUCCAUGGUGGUACUACUCCGGAGGCGUGGAGCAGAGGUGCGGUGGUCUUGUUCUGCAAGAAAGGUGAUAACGCCCUCUUGAUGAACUAUAGACCGAUUUCCCUUCUGAGCCGCGUCUACGUGCUGUUUCGUGAGUCAUUAAAGAUCACGUUUAAUGUCCAUGUCACACCUAUGCCGGUAGUUGUUGGGAGCACUAAGUUCGAAGUUGUUGACGAGUAUGUUUACCACAACAUACAAAUAGUUCGAUUAGGUAAGUCCAACUUCGACCGAGAGGUCAAUCGACGGAUUCAAUUCGGUUGGGCAGCGUUCGGGAAAUUACGGCACAUCUUCUCGUCAGGUAUACCUCAAAACUUGAAAACGAAACUAUACAACCAGUGCGUGUUGCCAGUGAUGACUGAUGACCUAUGGAACUGAGACGUGGUCCUUCACUGCUGGACGGAUGAGGAAGCUCAAAGUUGCUCAGCGAGCUAUGGAGAGGGCUAUGCUCGGAGUUUCUCUGCGUGAUAAACUUAGAAAUGAGGAUAUCCGCAAUAGAACCAGAGUGACCGACAUAGCCCAACGCAUUAGUAAGCUGAAGUGGCAAUGGGCCGGCCAUAUAGCUCGAAGAACCGACAACCGAUGAGGAAAAAAGGUUCUCGAGUGGCGGCCUCGUAUCGGCGGACGAAGUCUUGGGCGUCCCCCCAUUAGAUGGAGUGACGACCUGGUAAGACAUGCAGGAAGUCUAUGGAUGCAGGUGGCUCAGGACCGUGUUUUGUGGCAUUCCUUGGGGGAGGCCUAUGUUCAACAGUGGACUUGUGAAAGGCUGUAAUGAUGAUGAUGAUGAACGCCUGAUUCUAUUGCUAAUCUUUUUGUCUUGCCUUACUACGCGGUCGAAGCCACCUCUGCCGUUUUUUUAACAUCCUUUCCGAUUUCAGUCAACUUUUAGCUUUAGUUUUCUUUUUAGGAUGUGAGUACGAGGGGUGAUCCAAAAGUAAUUAUUGAUAGACAAUAUUAAACACAAUUUUAACAAUAUGAUUAUUGUUAAAAUAGUAAUUUAUUUUUCCACAUAGUCUCCUAACAAGUCAAUUCAUUUAGUACAUUUUUGUUUUAAUCCCAGAAUUCUCUUAGAAAAAAAAAAUCUUUAUCUUGACCCUCCAAAAAAGCCUCAACAGCGUCCAUCACUUCGUUAUCGUCUGCAAAUUUCUUGCCUCGAAGGUGUUCUUUGAGCCGAGGAAAUAGAUAGAAGUCACUGGGAGCUAGAUCUGGCGAAUAGGGCGGGUGUUCGAACAGUUCAAAUCCAGUUUCUUGAAUGGCAGCCAUCGCAACUGCGGCUUUGUGAGCCGGAGCGCUGUCUUGUUGAAACAACACUCCAGCUCGCAAUUCGCCGCGUCUUUUUCUUUAAUAGCCUUCUGCAAUAUUCUUUCUGUAUCUCCUAAAUACAAAUUACUAAGUAACCUAGCUAGGAGACUCAGGAUUCUACCCAUUUCAAAUUAGUCCUCAUGAUGUUUUGCAUAUAUUUGUAAAAAGUAUGUAAACUAUAAAAAUGUCAAUAAAGAAUUAUUAUUAUUAUUUGGUCUGCGUAGUCGAGAGUAUAAUCCCAAAAUCAUAGCCUCAAGGCUGCUUGGGUUCGUCAUACGAAAUAGCAAAGGAUUCAGCAUUAAUACUAAGAAAAUGCUGUAUAAUACUCUCGUUCGUAGCACACUCGAGUACUGUUCUGUUGUCUGGCGUCCACACUUUGCGGUUCACAAUCUACGCAUUGAGCGUAUUCAGAAGCGGUUUCUGUGGCAUUUGGCACGAUUAGUUGGUAAAGCAAAGAGAGAUUUCUCAUAUGCGGAUAGAUAGAGAUUUUUCAAAAUGUUAUCCUUAGAUAAACGUAGGGAGCUAAUAGACUUAUUGUUUUUGUAUAAAAUUCUCAACAAUAGAAUUAAUUGCCCUCAGUUACUGAACUCGUUUGAUUUUAGCGCGCCUUCAAGAUCGCGCGUCAUCCGAUAGCACCACUGAGACCACCAACCCGCACAACUGUUCUCGGCUCCAACUCUCCAUUACCCAGACUGUGUAAGCUACUAAAUAGCUACAAACACAGAGUUGACGUAAACUUUGAUUCCGCUUACAGUUUCCGUAAAAAGAUUGUCGUCAGUAUGACUAGUACUUAAUUUCGUGCAACCAGCUUGUGUUCUCUGUUACCAUACGGAUAAACAAUGUGGUUUUUUUUUCCUUUUAAAAUUGUUAACUUUAUUUAGUAAAAUCAAAACCCACUUAAGGGGCUACUCCAUGCGAACGACCUUGAGCAUUUGACCGGCGCGCCGCUCGCUACAAUAUAUUAUUGCGUAAGACUACACCUAUUGUACGAACGUAGUAUUAUUUUUUCAACAUCAAUAAACUAUUUUAUGGAAAUACACAGCGUACAAAGAUAAAUGUAUUUUAAUUUUUUUAUUCGGUAUAUAUUAGUUGCAUUAUAUUAGAAUUAUGUAUUUUCAUAUAUUAUCUAAUUAUGAAAUUUUAUAAUUAAUUAUAUAUUAAAAAUGAAGCAUUGAAAAUUGUGAGUUUAAAAGAUACUAUAGAUAAAUAAAUAGAUAGCUCGGCUUUUGUACAAAUAAUUGGUGCAAUAAAAAAUAAAUAAAUAAAUAGGAUGUUUCGCAGAUGUAUUUUUGAUUAUUGUUAAUUUUUACGUGUCACGUAUUGAAAAGUAAUAUACCUACCUACUAAUUUUUGAACUGAGCACCUUGUAACUUAGCCUGCUUAUUACUUAUGCUGGCAGACAUUAUCCUCACCCCAAUGAUUGAUGAGGAUGAAAAUCAAUUUUAUUUCUACAUACGUAAUUAUAUUUAUUUAUACAUAAGGGUAACUUUAAUAAAGGUAAAUAAAUAAAAAAUAAAUUUAAUAAAAAUAAAAUUUAAUAAAGGCAAAAAUCAUCAAGAAGUAUAAGGGUUCAAUCUUUCAAUUUCAAUUGUAAAUAAACGUUACCCCCACAUUAGGAUUUUCUCCUGUGUCGUGGAGGCAGUUUACAAACAUAAAUUGCACAAGGACAAACAUCCAGACCCGGAACAAUUAUUUGUAGGCCAUACAAAUACUUGUUCCGUGCGGGAUUCGAACCCGCGGUCCCCAGCGCAACAACUGAUUGCUAAGCCACUGCGCCACGGAGCCGUCGCCGGGUUAAAAGUGUCAUACGUCCUGUUUUGAACGGGACUGUCCCUUUUCUCGGUCACCUGUCCUAUUGUCCCCAAAUAAAGCUCCGGGACACAAAAUUGUCCCGUAACUCGUUGGUUGGAAGUAUUCAAAGUCAACAAUCUUCAACAUAAUUUUUUUUAAUCGAAUAUAUUUUAUGUCUCCCUGGUACAAAUGCUCCAGUAGAAAGAGUAUUUUUUUAUUUUGAAUAAAUUGUGGACGUCUGAAAGAAACACUUACGGUUCCAGUGUUCUAAAGGCGAUGUUGUU